AAUUGGCAGGAGAGGAGGCGUUAACUCGAGGGAGGAGAAACGACCCCUGAGCGACAGCACACGUCGCUCCACCGAGAAUCUAUCCUCCCCCAAGACUAAACAAGGGCGGCUAAGAGACCUUCCGUUGCUUAAAGCCCGCUCGACCCGGAAACAAAACCUUUUAAAAACUCUCUCAGAGGCGGGAGGAAUUGCGGAAGAACGGGCAGCUUCACCGUUGCUAGGCGACGAGGCAGCCUCACCUGAGCGCUCUCCAGACCAAGAGCUAGUGGAGCUGUAUUCUCACGUCCCAGGCUGUGACUGAGAUCAUGUUACCAUCCAGGAGUAACUUUCUGCCUACUUCUCCCCUCCUGGACAUGGCUUUGUUUUGUUUGCUAUACUGUGAUGGAAUUGCAUGUUGUUCUCCUUACACCCUCCCUCACUAAGGACAGAGAUUUCCUCUGCUGUCAGAUGUCUUUCUGCUUGACUGAACUACACCUGUGGUCUCUGAAAAGCACCUUACACAUUGCGGAUAGAGACAUCGGCGUCUACCAGUACUAUGACAAGAAAGAUCCAUCAGUAUCAGCAACAGAGCAUGGUAACUUAGAAGAAAAACAAAGGCUGGCAGAAUCACGAGAUUAUCCUUGGACACUCAAAAAUAGACGCCCAGAAAAACUUCGAGAUUCACUGAAGGAGUUGGAGGAACUGAUGCAAAGCAGUCCGUGUGUGCUGAGCAAAUGGAAGAGCAAAUACAUCUGCCAGCUCCUGUUCGGCUCAGGUGUGCUGGUGUCCCUAAGUCUUUCUGGGCCUCAGCUGGAGAAAGUGGUGAUUGACAGAAGCCUGGUGGGGAAGCUCAUCUCAGACACCAUCAGUGAUGCUCUCCUUACAGACAGUUUCAUCAUCUUAUCAUUUCUGGCACAAAACAAACUAUGUUUUAUUCAGUUUACCAAGAAAAUGGAUUCUCUUGAUGGAAACAAGAGGCUGGAAAAACUCUCAGCCUUGGACUUUAAGAUUUCCUAUUAUGACAUACCUGGCCCAGCCAACAGGACAAUAGAUCGUCACUUAGCUGUCAACUCCGCUCAGGAUCUAGUUGUUUGUUGGUGGCCGCUGGUCAGUGAUGAUGUUUGGCCUUGGACUCCAGUUUCUUCUGAGAAGGACAGAGCCAAUAUGCUGUUGCUGGGUUUUACUCAAGGAGGAUUGGAGGUUCUAAGUUUUGUUCGCACAGAAUGGAGUCCCCUGGAUGUUCACUUCGGCACCAAACAACCUUAUCAGGUGUUCACAGUGGAGUGCUCCGUCAGUGUAGACAAGGAGCCCAUGGCUGACAGCUGUAUUUAUGAAUCUGUCCGGAACAAACUCCACUGCGUGUCAGUUACCAGAAUACCACUAAGAUCGAAGGCCAUCAGCUGCUGCAAGAACUCUACGGAAGACAAACUGAUCGUGGGCUGUGAAGACUCUUCGGUAAUUCUCUAUGAAGCUCACCGUGGUGUGACUCUCCUGGCCCAGGCUGAACUUAGGCCUUCAUUGAUAAGCUGCCACCCAAGUGGCGCCAUUCUUCUGGUUGGCAGCAACCAAGGGGAGCUACAAAUUCUUGAUAUUGCUCUGUCCCCUAUCAACAUCCAGCUCUUGGCAGAAGAUUGCUUACCGAAGGAGACUCUGCAAUUCAAGAAGUUCUUUGAUGUUUCAAGCAGUCUUGUUCAAAUGCAGUGGAUGGCUCCUCCUGUUGUUUUCCAGAAGCCUAAAAGAGAAGAAAUCUGUGAUCUGCUCUUCCUCAGGUUCAACAGAGGACCUUUGGGUGUGCUGCUGUUUAAACUUGGCAUCCUCACACGAGGACAACUGGGCCUGGUAGACCUCAUCUUACAGUACAUUCACUACAAUGAGGUAUACGAGGCCAUCAGCAUCCUGCGCAGCAUGGACUGGGACACCCUGGGCCAGCAGUGUUUGAUCGGCAUGGGCACCAUUGUGAACCAUCUUCUUAGACAGAGGCUCACGCCAGAGAGAGAAGCACAGCUUGAGGCAAGCCUUGGAACCUUCUAUGCUCCAACAAGACCACUUCUGGAUACAACUAUUUUGGAAUAUAGAGAACCGGUCAGCAAGUAUGCCAGGAGGCUUUUCCACCACCUGCUCAGGUACAAGAGAUUUGAAAAGGCCUUUCUUCUAGCUGUUGACAUUGGAGCUCGUGACCUGUUCAUGGACAUUCAUUACCUUGCUCUGGAUAUGGGUGAACUGGCACUGGCUGAAGUGGCGAGAAGAAAGGCACAUGAUAUUGAUGUUGAGUCGGUAUCCUCUGGAGUCGAGCUCCUGGGGCCCUUGGACAGAAGAGACAUGCUGAAUGAAGGUUUUGCCAGCUCAGCUCUAACGCCUGAAGGAGAAAACAAAUUUCCAGGCCUUCUUCCUUCCAUUGGUUCAACACACAUACAAACUCUUCAACAGAAAAUACCAAAUGGCCCUUCAUGCAGAUGGGCAAUUGAGAGAAGGACUGAGGAGGACGAGGAGGAAGAGGAAGAGGAAGAGGAGGAGGAGGUAUGCCCUGACUCUUCAGUGGCCACCACCUGGAAUGCAGAAGGAGAACUGAAAGAAGACCAAAGGAAACAGGACAUUGGAGAUGUUGGUUCUCUCAGAAUGGUUCACUUUGGUUUGGUAUAAAGCAUCAGAAACACCAAAAAGAAAGCUGCCCUUUUCAUUUCUUUUCUAUUGACCUGAUCAAUAAAACUCUUCAUGUGUGGAUUUUAAUAGAAGGAGAGAUAGUAGUACAUGUAGCAUCGCAUAAGUGACCCUCAAUAAAAGUUCCUAAACAAUUGUU